ACACAUUUUCUAUCUUACUUUUCAGCACGCUGACAGGCAACGAACGCAUCGUCAAAGAUAUGACAAAACACUUUAUUGGAACCGGCUGCUGUAUGCUGCUGAUGAUGACCAUGCAUGAAGUUAUUCCACACAAGUUUGCGAUAAAAUAAAAUUAAAAAAAUAAUAAAAUAAAAAUAAGACUACUGCUGAUUACUUUGAGCAUUCCAUCUAAUACGACCAAGCAGUAGCUGAAGGGCUGAAGGUGGGUGGUAAACAAAUUUAUUAGAAGAACUGAAAAAGAAUUAAUUUAAAUUAUCUCCUGCUGCGUAGAACUUCAUUAAUUUUAGCGAUCCAGCCCUUGAAAUUUUGAAGGUUUGGUUUAUGGGACGGUUCCAGAUAGCAACAAAUGAGUACAAUUUCAUCAGAAGUCAUUCGUGUGGCCAGUUUUUUCCUGCAAAGAAAAUAACUUAUCUUAGGAAAAAAAAAUGUACUCUACGAUCACAUUCACAACGCGAUAUUUUUGAUAAUCAGUAGGAACGAUGAUCACUUCCAUUCUCAUUCGUCUUCUCAGGGCAGGAACGGGUACACAAAUAGGCGGUAAGGAACACAGGAUAUGGGUUUCCCUGAGAGUCACAUAUAGUCAUAAGAAAUCACUAGUUCCUGUGGCUAGUGUGGGUUUCUAAAACAAAAAAAAAACAGAAAUACUUAGGACGAAUGAACUUGCGAAUUCAUGAUACUCACCUUUAAGUGCCUUAUAACUGAUAAAACAAUUGAAAUUUUUAUUAUUAUUCUUGUAUCAUAAUUCGCUAGACUAAUAAUAAAAAAGUUUCUAUUAAAGGGUUUGAUAUCUCGCGUGAGAUAUCAAACCCUUUAAUUACCCUUUAUUACCAUUCUUGUAUCAUAAUUCGCUAGACUAACAUUUAAAAAGUUUCUAUUAAAGGGUUUGAUAUCUCGCGUGAGGUUUCAUUACAUCGAAUGAAACAGAAGCACCGAGCCCAGGAAAACGCUUCUGAAAUUUGAAGAGUAAUUUUCAAAUCCCAUUUUUAUUCUUUUGCCGAUAACUUUUCAAAAAAAAAACUAAUAGUAUCAGAUUUUCAAAUAUAAAUCUCGUUCAAAAAAGAAUCUGCAAUAAUAUUCAUCGCCACCCGGAUCGAAAAAACGGACCAAAAUGGAUUUCGGUCCGUUCAACCCGUGAUGCGUUCCGAUCCGGGCACCGGUGCUCAAUGUUGGGUGUGAACUAGCGAUGACAGUUGCCCUUCCGACUAAGUACAUGACUGCCACCGGAUCUGUUUUGUUCAACCCUUUCUGCCGUGCAAUUUUUUUUUUUUGUUACUAACUACUAUUUUCAAAACUACUUACAGCGUUAUCCAAAUCUUCCGCGCCUCCUCCCGGGAUCAAUUGUUUCGAGGUUAGAGCCACUGAAAAAGAAAUGAAUUAAGCAUUUAUUUAAAUACAUGAUUUCAAAAUAAUCAUACUUACCAUUGUCUCUAGUGUAUGUACGCUUUUGAGACAUUUUUUUUUCGGUUAGUGUUAGACAGCGUCAACUAAAUUUUCACUUUUUUCCGACAAAUCUAAAAGAAAGCAAGAAAUUUUCACUUCAGCUUGGCAACGAUAAAUUUACCGAUAAACAAACCGCACACGCUUAUUGUAAAACACUAUAAAUUGGAUUACUUGAACACGAAGAAAAAUUGUGAAAUAAGGUAAAAUAUUGUGAAUAAACUAUAAAUUAUAUCGUUGUAUGAUAGGUUUUGAUAAACCAUUCUAUUGACAUUAUCAUUUAAUUGUGUACGUCUAGGGUGAUUUCGGUUCCCGAAGAUUUAAUUUAAUUCAUUCAUUGAAAUUACGGUAUGUAAUUCGAAUUUUCGAGCGAAGAUAUAUUUCAUAACGAAAUUUGAAAAAUCAAGUUGAGGAAAAAUGAGAAAUUCAAGAAUGAGUUCGUUAUUUACCCGAAAUAUGGAGGUUCCGUAUGCCCGAAAAUAUCUCAAGCGGGUUCCGAUUCCGAACAACUCAGGGCAACCUGAUCAAACUUUGGAAAGCUUUCCUGCAAAUCAACACAGACGUAUUUCGACGGAUACUUCAAUGGUUAUUGGUGAUAAAACAGAAAAAAAAGGUGAAAACCCGAUCAGACCUGAAAUGCAUACAAUGUGUUUCAGUGACACGGAUUCCGAAGAGGACGAAGCCAUAUCUCGGCUGCACGAUUUUGAAAUGGAUGAGGAAUUAUUAGGCGGGUACUUUUUUCCCCAAAUCGAUUCAGAUAUAUUAUUCAAUGCUGAUAACAACGGAUCGCCGAUCUUGGAAGAUAAUAAAUUCGAAGCCAUGAUGAUGGUAUUACAUAUUUUUUUAAGACACAAUCUUAGCAUUGUUGCUCUCGAGGAUAUCUUGCGGAUGGUUAAUUUAAUUUUAAAAGCAAAAUGUGUUCCUGAAUGUGGCAGAACUUUCUUGAAUUUUUUUAAUAACCCUUCAUAUGUACGGCAUCACAUUUGCAGUAAAUGUGGAAUUUAUUUAGGUAAGUGUUUUUGGUAA